CGUGGGUUGUAUCACCUUUUUGGUUCACAAAACGCAAAUAAACAUUGGGAGUCAGGUACAAAUUCUGAGAAACUAAAAUUUCUUUAGAACGAACAAUGAACGAGGAAUUCGGCAAGUCUGGUUUAUAUGUCGAUGAUCUGUACACGUUGCGAGUGAUUGAUCCUGAUGUGGCCAACGAAACCAAUGAUCUUCGAGAGGAAUGCGAACAAUUUACGGACAAGUUGGAAGAGUUUCGUCGGAUUAUCGAACAGUUUUCCACCAUCGUCGAGAGCUUUGCCAGUGAGGUCGAUCGAGAGAAGAUGCGAGCCAUCGGGGUGCAGAACCUGUUGAAGACUUUCUCAAAGCAACGGGAGGCGGAACAACAACAGAUACAGAGUGCAAUCAUUGAAAAAAUGGUUGAGCUGGAUAAGCUAAAAAUCGAGUUCCAGUACCUACAGAGGAUUGAAUCGGAGCAACAAGAAAUUAUAGACAACUUCUAUCAGAAUCAAUAAACGGGCAGCGGUGAUACUUCACUAUCGGUACAAUUAAAAAGUUUAAAUAUUCAACCAAAGACACUGUAUUGUCCUCUAAUUGGACCACUACGAGACUUGUGUUUGAGUUAUAUCAUACCUGUUUGUUGUAGUAGUAGAACUUUUUUUUACUUCAUGUUUAUUUCAUCCAGCCUGGACGAUAACUUACUUUUUAAGGAUGCAUAGGUUUGUUUUGCGUGAAUUACUCCGAACAAAUAUUUACAUGACCCAGGGAUUUGAUUAUUACGAUGUCUUUGUCGUGUUUUAUUACCGACUUGGCUGGUAAAUAUACGGUCUUACUAAGGAAAAACGUGUCGUUUUUUUUUUGUAUCUAAGAACUACACCAGUUUAUUCUUGCCUGAAUAGGGUUACA